AGCGACCAAACUUUAUUCCGUCUCAUUUCAAGUGCAACACUUGCGUUCGCUCCCCUUGAUACCAUGGAGAUCUGCCAGAUGUCUCGGGUAACCUCCUAUGCUCGGCCUCUUUCUUCCUUCUAUCGCAUCAAUCCUGCUUCCCGAACUACUCUACGGCAAUUCACAUGCUCCGCUACUCGACUCGAGGACAAAAAUGCAGAAACCAGGUUACCGACCCCCACCACACCUCAGACACCCGAUGUCACUUCUGCCACUGCUACUUCUACUCCCCAAACCACUACCCGUGGUGAAGAGCCUGACCAACGCACUACACCAGCACAGACAGUCCUGCAGAAACUUUUCGAGGCUGCUGGUGCAGCAUCUUUGCGACCGCCCCCUCAACGUUCGUUCAACGGUGCCAGCAUCCUUCCGACAAAUAUCGUUAGUCGCAAUACAUUGAGUGCCCUCAAUGUCCCACCCAUCUCUGCCCCAAAGGAACUUCCUAGGACCGGACCGACGGCCGGCAGAACGGUUGAGGUUACCCGCGAUCUUUCAUCAGCCCUCUCGAGGUUGCGAACCAUAGUCGCUCAGAAUAAGCUCAGAAUCGACCAGCGAGAGCAGAGGUUCCAUGUUCGACCUUCUCUGAAACGCAAGAGGCUGAAGAGUUUGCGGCAUAGGAAGAGGUUCAAGGAUGCAUUCAAGAGGUUGGUCGGAAUUGCGAUGGACAUGAAGCGGAAGGGGAUAUAGUGCUUGGGGUUUGCUCUUGUAUAGGAGACGUUUAGCUUUUGCUGGUGUAUAUCCCGACGUAUUAACCCAAAGGAGGUUUGGGGAAUAUCAGCUACCAACGACCGGAAAGUAGCCACCAAUGCUAGUUUGGAUCUCCCCGGCUAAUACAAAGGGCCAAUUGUAUAUUUACCAGUAUAUGCUUGUUUCACUCUUCCCCCUUUGCCAUUGCAAAUACUUUUGAUGCUCUGUUCAAAAUCCUCGGCAUUUGCUACUGUAUUCCAGCACCGUAUUCAGGACUGAGCACCAGUCAUGAUCCAGCCCCUUGUACUCUUCACUGAAUGAUGUAGUAACUUAGUCAGGAUAUGGGCGGAGCAGGGUGCAGUAGUCAGGCUGUGUUCUGUUGGGUACGGUGGGUGGGGGUAGGCUAGAAAAAAUGGAUACCGUACAGUGAAACCUCCGAUAACUCCACCCUCCGAGGUUUCCAGGUCUCCGGUAUUUCUAUCACUUGCCAGGGACAGGUUUCAUUCUAUUGGCUUUCCUCCUCUAAGUUCUAGGGUUCUAUUAGUUCCUCUUUCCAGGUGGUAAAUGGCUCCUAAAUUCCAGGUUUCAUGUGCAUAAAAUUAUUUUUCAUGUCACCUCCUGGGCAAAGCUGUAGACAAAUCACCAGAUAACUAGAUAGUGAGUUGAAUGGAUAUGCAUGUUUUUAGAAUGAAGGGUCAUCAGAUGGGAGGGGUAUAUUAUUUUUCCGGAAUGUAAACAUAUUAUGGAGUUAAACCCUGUACACUUUCAUGAACUAUCACUCAUUUUUCUCUCAGCACCCCCCUCUAUUCUGCCAAGCCUUUCCUCUA